AUACGUUACGCUGAUAAUUUUGUGUUAGUAUUGAUUUAAACUAGCGACAUUCUGCUGUGGUGAUUUUACACUGAAAUGAAACAUCACUUUCUCGAAAUAUUAGUUUUCACUUCCGGGCCGGAGUUGACUCCUCUGUUGCUGUCGUCUUUUUCCUCUCUACUCCCCCCAGUUCGUGAAUCAUAUUAGCACAAAGUUUGCUUUUGUACACGACGACGUUGCAGCAUUUGACCGCCGAGCAGCCGACAUGGUGUUUAAAGUGACUGUCAACAGUGCCUGGAGGGCAACGAGGACGCUGUGGCUGCUCAUGCUAGUGAGCCUGUCUGUCAGCAUCUGUGUGUGUCGAGCAUCUCUAACUCCGGAGGAGGAGGACAGUGCCAUGGAGAACAUCGUUACGGAGAAAAAGGCUGAGGAGAGCCACAGGCAGGACAGCGCGGACCUGCUCAUCUUCAUCAUGCUCCUCACCCUCACCAUCCUGACCAUCUGGUUGUUCAAACACAGGCGGUUCAGGUUCCUGCACGAAACUGGACUGGCGAUGAUUUAUGGUGUACUCGUUGGCGUGGUCUUGCGAUAUGGCAUCCAUGUUCCUCGGGACAUUAGCAACGUCACGAUGAGCUGCCACGUUAAUGCCAGCCCCGCCACGCUGCUGGUCAACGUCAGUGGCAAAUUCUACGAGUACACUCUGAAAGGAGAGAUCAGUGCCAACGAGGUGAACGACGUGCAGGAUAAUGAGAUGCUGCGAAAGGUGACCUUUGACCCUGAAGUGUUCUUCAACAUUCUCCUACCACCUAUCAUCUUCCACGCUGGCUACAGUUUGAAAAGGAGACACUUUUUCCGCAACAUGGGCUCCAUCCUGGCGUAUGCCUUCCUGGGGACAGUUAUUUCCUGUUUUGUUAUCGGGUUGCUGAUGUACGGCUGUGUGAUGCUAAUGAAGCAGGUGGAACAGCUGGGUGGAGACUUCUUCUUCACCGAUUGUCUGUUCUUUGGGGCCAUUGUCUCCGCCACAGACCCCGUGACGGUCCUGGCUAUCUUCAACGAGCUCCAGGUCGACGUGGAUCUGUACGCUUUGCUGUUUGGAGAGAGUGUGCUCAACGACGCAGUGGCCGUGGUUCUGUCCUCGUCUAUAGUAGCGUACCAGCCACAAGGGGACAACAGUCACACCUUUGAGGUCAUGGCCAUGCUUAAGUCUUUUGGGAUUUUCCUCGGAGUUUUCAGCGGCUCCUUCGCUCUGGGGGUGGCCACAGGAGUCGUCACUGCUCUCGUGACUAAGUUCACUAAGCUGAGAGAUUUUCAGCUGUUGGAGACUGCUCUGUUCUUCCUCAUGUCGUGGAGCACAUUCCUGCUGGCUGAGGCCUGUGGCUUCACAGGUGUGGUCGCGGUGCUUUUCUGUGGAAUCACUCAGGCCCACUACACCUUCAACAACCUGUCCCCCGAGUCCCAGGACAGGACCAAACAGCUGUUUGAGCUGCUAAAUUUCCUGGCAGAGAACUUUAUCUUCUCCUACAUGGGUCUGACCCUGUUCACCUUCCAGAGCCACAUCUUCAAUCCCAUGUUCAUCGUCGGAGCUUUUGUGGCAGUGUUCCUGGGAAGAGCUGCGAACAUCUACCCUCUCUCAUUUCUUCUUAAUCUGGGCCGACGCAACAAGAUCAGAUCCAACUUCCAGCACAUGAUGAUGUUUGCAGGACUGCGAGGUGCGAUGACCUUCGCCCUGUCAAUCAGGGACACGGCGACAUACGCCCGUCAGAUGAUGUUUAGCACCACUCUGCUUGUGGUCUUCUUCACUGUUUGGAUUUGUGGAGGAGGCACCACCCAGAUGCUGUCCUGCCAGCGCAUACGAGUGGGCGUGGACUCGGAUCAAGAUAACUCAAUGAGUGUCGCUGAAGGCUCCGAGAGAAGAAGCACCAAACAGGAAAGUGCCUGGCUUUUCAGGAUUUGGUACAACUUUGACCACAACUACCUGAAGCCCAUCCUGACUCACAGUGGCCCCCCUCUCACAGCCACGCUGCCUCCCUGUUGCGGCCCCCUCGCCCGCUUCCUCACCAGCCCGCAGGCCUAUGAGAAUGAGUGCCAGCUGAAGGAUGACGACUCCGACCUCAUCCUGACAGAUGGCGAUAUCAACCUCACCUACGGCGACAUCACAGUCAGCACAGACGCCUCAGGUUCCCACAUGAGCGGCGGCCCAGCCUUUGCUGGAGGCGCCACCUCUGAUGACUUGGACAGAGAGUUAACAUAUGGAGAUCACGAGCUGGUGAUGAGGGGCACGCGCCUGGUGCUGCCCAUGGAUGACUCUGAGCCGCCCUUUACAGACCCCCCGCAGCGCUUGCGGAUGUGAAGAUAGUCUCUCAACGCAGACCCAGACAUACCGUCCGACUCACACUGACCCGAGCCAUCGAGCAAAAGACCAGUACCUGACACUCCUUCCUUCACUCCUCCACUUCAUUCCUCUUGCUUUUUUUCCAACACAUCUCUUCACAGUUAUAUUUUCUCACGUCCUCUAGUGGCAAAUCACUGUCUCUACCUCAUUCUCACUCUGCUCGUUUCCACACCUCUCUGGCAUCUGCCAUAAUUGUAAUAUAGUCUUAUUUAUUUGCAAGUUUUUUUUUCGGUAUUCAAUCAAAAGUCAGUUUCUCUUAGUUUGGCUUAAAGCUGUGUGUCAGUCACCUUACUGUAGCAUUGCACAGAGGUCUAGCAGCAUGUGUUAGUGUGUAAAUGCAAGUACAAACCACUAGCUAAUUUGUCGAUGUACAGUAUAUCACAAGAGUACUAUAACUUUGAUAUGCAUGCUGAGGAUGCUUGUUGUUUUCUUCGUAUGGGAGGUCGAGGGCUUUCGUUGUUUGGGUCUGACCUUGAAUGUUGCUGCCUUCUCUCUGCGCAUCAGAGGCAUGCUGACCCAGUGGACAACUUUACUGUACAUUUUGUUACAAUCAAGUGCCUGGGAAUUGUAGUUUUAAACCUGGCGACCUAUGCUGGACCAGCUCUCGGACGCAGAGCCAGUUUCAGGAUGGGCAGUCACGCAGUUGUAGUUUUCCUUUGUAAAAAAGAAAAAAACACAAAAAACUAAACAGACACCUCUGUCCAUAAGGUAGCAAUAUACUCAGUGGGUGUUUGGGCUGUCAGUCUGUGCUAUUCGCCUGUAAAUAGUGUGUAACGAUGUGAUGCCACUGAUGCAGUGCAACCUGGCAGUGAAAGUUGCGGAUCUCUCCCAAUGACCUUUGACUGUGACAUAGAGAGGGACUUUACACCUUAUUUUAGAAGCUGAUGUCGCUCACAGCAGAACGAAAGGGCUGUUGUUCCAAAAACGAGAUCCAAACCAGUUUUGACGGAGGAAGAUUAGUGCCAUUUCUGUCCUGCAUUUUGACAUUUUGUGAAAACCGAAUGCAGACGACCUUAAAGUGUUUUGUAUUAUUUUUGCAAGAGAGCUUAAGGACUUUAAACUGAGUCACAUUUGUCAUACACAUAGAGCUUUGUGCAAACAUUUUCUAUUACAAAUCGUGCAUUAACGACGAGACUUUGAACAAAAUUUUCUCAUUGAAUGAACCUGAAAAACGCAUAUAGACACAUGAAUUUGACACUAAAGGAACUUAGUACCAUAUUAUUGGUAAGCACACAUUUUGUGAGUAUAAUUUCGACAAAUCAGAUAGUUGAUUUUCUCUAUAUGGUUCCAUCAGGGCUGCAACCAGUUGUUAUUGUAUUAUCAACUAAUAUGCUGUCUAUUUUUUGUGUAAUUGAUGAAUUAUAUGAUCUAUAAAGUGUAAAAUGCAUAAUUUUCCCAAGCUUAAGUUGACAUAUUUAAGUGUCACAAAGAUAGUCGCUUGAGAGAAACUUAAUUUGAGCUGGACGCGGUGAAUGUGAUAAAAACAUUACUUAAACAAUCAGUUAUCAAAAUAUUUGUUUGUGGAUUGACUAAAGGAUCAAUCGACUGAUUGUUGUAGCCCUAGAUUUUACACAGAGGUCAUUAAAAUCAGUGAACAAGACGGGAGCAGCUGCAUGAUGAUUAUUCUAAUCAAUCCAUCCAUGAUACAAAGAGAUAUUUACGCUGGUACUGUGGCAGUUCAUCAUUAUGAGAACUUCCUGAAUAGAACAAAAGUUGUUGACAUGCUGGACGUUUUUCUCGGCUGUACACAAUAGUGUCCUUGAGGGUCGAUAGUCUGACAGUUAAACAGGAGCAUUAUUUCUGUAUAUAACAGCAUUAAGAUUCAUUAGGUCAUUGAAUACUAUUAAAAGAGCACCCGGCGAUGAGUGUUACAUUUCACUCGUGUCAGUCUGGGUGCACAAGAAGAACGGAAGAGCUUCGUGAGCUCCUUCUGUGCCGUGUUGUUAAUGCAGGUCUAACAGGAAGUGUUGAUAGGGCGUCACCGUGGCAACACUGUGUUGAUGUGGGCCGAAGCCAAGCAACACUCCGAACAUGGUGACUCAGUUGAACACAACGGUUUUUGUAGUUCGUCCUCUUGGUGAGCUCGAAAAAAAAAAAUUGGGUCCAUGCUAAGUGGAUGCAAGAGGAUGAUGAUCGGGUUACAGAAGAGAGUGAAAGAAAUAGAUUAUAAAAGAGAGAUGUGGAGGAAGGAAUAUUUCACCCACAUAAAGACCCUUUGUGUGAGUCAUGCUGUGUGACCGUGAAUUUGUGAAGAAAAUUUACAAAUUUAUUGAUUGGCUGGGGAUCACGUCUAACAGCGAAACUAUAUCAAGACAUCCAUUUACAAACUCUCAUGCAACUUGUGCAGUAUAAUCCAAGUCUCAUUUAUCCAGUCUUAUGCUCAGUGCUUCCCAAUCACAUGCAUUUUCACUAAAUCCUCACUAUUAAAAACUGAACUGACACUUCUCUAUGCUCUCUUCAAAGCCAGACUCCAUUGAUGAAAGCAGUAAUUUUACCUCGCUGUACACAGGAGCUCCUGGUCUGUCGCUGCCUUAAUCAGCUAGUUUGUUUGUGUUAUUGUGUGACUUUGGUGAAUCUAAACUAACCUUUUAAAACACCAAAAUUACACCAAAUCAAAAACAAACCACUGAUCGGGGCAGUGGUUGACUAGCAGCAACUAGUAUUCAGCAAGGUAAGAAUUACAGUUUUUGUUAAUGGAGUCUGGCUUUGAAGAGAGCAUUGGUAAGUUUAAUUUUUAGUUUAGUUCACCGUUGGAAAGGGCCGUCUGUUAAGGGGAGUACUGAGCAUACAGUUGGGUAAAUGAGACUUGGAUUGUACUGCAUGAGUUAGAGAGAGAUUGUAAACUGAUGUAUAAUCCAAGUCUCAUUUAUCCAAAUGUAUGCUCAGUUCUUCCCAAAUACAUGCAAUUUUGCUUAUAAACCUUACAGUGCAGUGGUUCCCAACUGGUGGGUCCUGGUCCAAAAGUGGGUUGCGGGUCCAUUCUGAAUGGACAGCAUGUGACUUGCAAACGUGUCUAGUUUGUAAAAAACAUUCUUUAUUUUUAAGGUACAGUAAAUUUCCAGCACAGAGCUGCAUUUUUAAGUGCUGUUUCCUGCUGUAGAGUGAGUGACUAACGGACAGCUACUUGACAGACACAGCAAACUAGCUCAACGACAUGGAUGUGUUAAACUGUGUGUAUCUUGAAGUAAUGACUAAGGAGAAAACUAAACCAGUUGGAAACCACUGCCUUAGUAUUUUAGUAGUUUUCUUUAGCAAAAAUGCAUGUGUUUGAUAAGUACUGAGCAUAUGACUGGAUAAAUUAGACUUUGAUGAUAUUGCAGGAGUUGUGUUGGAGUUUGUAAGUGGAUGUUUUUGUUGUGUUGUUAAACGUGGUCCCCAAUAAAUCAGUAUGUUUGCCAUUUUCUGUGGAGACAUGCAAGAAAAACAGAGUUCUCCGCACAAAUUUAAAGUAACACGGCAUCACCGAGUGAUUUGUGGUCAUUUCUUUGGGUGGAAUGUUCCUUUAAAGGCCUGUUUGUGUGUGUGUUUCUGUGGUGAUACAGAGGUAGAAGGAAGAGCAGGCUUUCAGAUAUCGCUUUUCCUUACUGCAGUUAUCUUCUGCUGUGCAGGAACUUCUAAUUCAAAGUGUGCACAUUUUUUUUUAAUCAGGCAUGCCUCUUGACACCACAUUUUCCAGGUUAUGAUUCUUUCUGUCAUUUUGUACUUUUCAUUUGUGCUGUUAUUGCAUUUUAUUUUGUGGAAGGGAAAAGAUGAAGUAACAAAAAAAAAAAAAAGCUGAAUAAUUUGCACUCCUCCAUUACAAAUGUUUUAUUGUUUUGCUCUGAUGUUUUAUCUAACAGCUGCUUUUAUAUUAUUUACCUUUAUGUUUUUUGGAAGGACGUGGAAAAAAAAGAGCAGAUUCAUGUCGGUGUAAUGAAUCUCGAAUGAAUGUUCAGUAAGAGUUACGUUGAUGUUUCUUUGUAAAGAGUUAAUUCCACAUCACAGUGGCAGCCGAGAUGGUUAGAAGUCUUUUCAUACUGCUGUUUCAUCUCAUCACUUCACCAUUCAGGUACUUUGCGUGUAUGUUUGAAUGCUGCUGCCAUGACAGAGCAUGAAUCAUUCAUCUUCCGCUGACGGUGGAGGAACAAAGAAAAAAAAAAAAGAAAAAUAUAUACAAGCAGAAUUGUGUGCCACUGUUCUUCAACUGACACAUUAAAUAAUGUGAAAUCUGCAAAAAGCUGAUAUAGGUUUUGGUGUUUGCCUACUGCUCUGCCAGCGUGUGUUCUCUCUCUGUUCUCUGAAUGGUGACUUGUGAUAGGCUUUGAUCAUUGGAAAUCCUGUCUGAAGUAGCUGACCAAAGAGGCCUGCUGUGCUUUGUGUUUCCAGACAGUCCACUCUAUCUUUAAACUGCAAAUUCUCUCUGUGUGUGAGUGUGUGUACGUGUGUGUGUGUGUGUGUGUGUGUGUGUGUGUGUGUGUGUACGAGAGAGACGUGGAGACGUUAUGUUCUCUCCGCCUCUUCUUCUGUGUUGCAGGUACCGACUGUUUACAUCUGUGUAAAUAUACUCUCACCUGUUCAUGUGCGUGCAACGGUCAAUAAACAGAAGCCUGUGCUUUUGAUUAAAGCCCUCGCUCUAAUGGCGUCCUCAUUUACCCCGUUUCCCCCUUUAUUGGGCGUUUGGGUCGUGUAAGAAUGCAGCUGCCGAGCUCCAGAGAUUAUCCCAUCUCACAAGAAAUAUGAAAGAAGAUUAGUGCCAGAAGUGAUUUCAUUCGAGUUGCAUAAAUCCCGGAUUUUCACAUUAUGCU